UUUAUUUUUAAUUAUAAUUUUCUUCCUCCGAAGCCGAUUAAAUUUUGCAAGGAUACCGUUAUAGCCGCGAAUGUGGAAAAUCUUUAUUCACAAAUGACAAACCGCACCGCCAGGGAAUCUUUCCAAGAGAUGGAUUCUGAAUCGCCUUCAACUUUCGACUCGGAGGAUUACUCCCCGGCUGAUAAGAGGAGCAGAACAGUGGAAGAUUUCAACAAAUUCUGCACUUUUGUGUUGGUUUACGCUGGGUACAUCCCUUGCCCUCAGGAAGAUUUGCCUCUCCGGACCAGCUCCAGUCCUCCCAACAGCACAGGCAGCACAGCAGAUAGUGAGCCCUGGGAUCUUCGCUACAAUGACCUCCCACUGUCCGUUCCUUCCAAGGCUAAACGCAGGAAAACUCUAACAGGCUUCAAACGAGCCAAACCAUACUCAUUUCUGAAGCAUCACAAAUCCGGUGGCUUCCUGCUGCCCGCCUUCAAUCGUAGGAAGUCUGAUAAGAUGAAGAGGAAGCACAAGGUGAGGACAAAAGAGGAGGGCCCAAGGAUAGAAGAACCGCGCAUCGAGGAACCUGUCAAGCAGGAAUCACCUGAUCUGGAUCCAGUGACCAAACCAAGAUUCACUGACCAUGAUGCAGUGGACACAACACCAGUUCCUACUAACACAGUACCUCUUGCCCCUGAGCCCCUUGCCCCUGAGCCCCUCACGGACUUCCCAAGUGAAGGCCAGGACGGUUCUUUUGUGCCAGUCACUGCAACAGAAACGAUGAAUGAGACGAUAAAAAGUGAAAAAGUGGAACGACACAGAACUGUUUUCCGUCAGGGAAAGCAGGUUGUGUUCAGGGAUGUGGAUACAACGGGCAAUGAUGAGGACAUCAUGGUGGAUUCUGACGACGAUUCCUGGGAUCUGGUGACAUGUUACUGCAUGAAGCCAUUUGCUGGACGGCCAAUGAUAGAGUGUAAUGAGUGUGGUACCUGGAUCCACCUGUCCUGUGCCAAAAUCCGCAAGUCCAAUGUCCCGGAGGUGUACGUCUGUCAAAGGUGCCGAGACUCCAAAUGCGAUAUUCGAAGAUCAAACCGGUCCCGGACCGGCUGCAGAAAGCACUUCCUCGACUGAGGCCAUAACAUUAAACUGCUGGUUGAAAAGUUAGCUGUUGAAAAGUCUGGGCAGAAAAGUCUGUUAAAGAUUCAUUUCAGAUGCGCUGUAUUAAAUAAAUUCCUACCUGUUUAUUAUUAUUUUAGGUCUGUUAUGGCAAUAUAUUGGAAUUAAUUCAGAAUAGUAAACCAAACUGAAAGUUUAUGUGAGAAGGAGAUCACCAUCUAUUUAAGUGUCCCCCAAGCCUUUAUCUGUUUUUUAUCUGUACUUCUAGAUACAUGAACAGGAUUGUCUUUCUUGUGCACCCUUCCCUCUUUGUAUACUGCAAGAUGUAUAUUGCCAUAAAAAUAUGCACAUGUAUUUUUAUUCUCAAUGUUUUAUCCUACGGAUAUUUGCCAAUUUGGGUCUUCUCAAUCCUGACUCUAGUGAAGUCACCGACAGGAAAGAGCUCCAUACUGAAUUUUAUCAGAACUAAUCACAAAGUGCACAAAGGUUUUGCCCAUUUUUUGUAGAUGGACGAAGUAUGUGAAGUGAGAAUCCUUCCCUUAAUCCACACCCCACUUUCUUCCCCAAUCAGGUUUUCUGUCUGCCUUUCCACUUUAACCAAUAAUCUAGGCUAGCCAAAUGUAACGAUGGGGAUAAAGAUCCAGUUAAAGAUAUAGUGAGUACUAAAAGAUGUCUGACAAUCAGUCCCCUUCGCACUAAUGCACAGAAGAUUAAUUUGCCCCCUCAGUCACUCACAUUCAAAUAAUAGAAAUUUCAUCUGUCAAAAUAUUCUCUUUCCCCAUUCCCACACCCUAUUUUGCCCCUACAAGAAAAAUGUGAACUAGUAGUCUCCUUUGUCAGUAAAACCACCUCCUUAAAUUUAUUUUCCCCAUGUUAAGGAUUGGGAGGUGGGAAAAAGAUUCAGUUUGUGAGGUGGGAAGCCUAUGCUCAUUGGCUUGAAUGUAAAAGUUCCCAUCAAAAAUCAGCCAAGAUUCUAAACUUUUAGUCCUAGUCUGUGAUUGCUGGUGUUAAUGUUUGCAUAGUUGGACAAUGGGCAAGCACAAGAGUUGGGGUCAGGUGUGUUAACCGGAGAGAAUUCAUUCACCCACACACACUCUCAAGGUUUGAGAUGUAAAAAAUAGCUGGGAUGGACAGCUAAUGGAAGGUGACUGUUCCCCAUAGAACUGUUGAAAAUCAACAUUUUUAGGAGAGAAAAUCCACAUCUGACACCUAUGUACAAUUUAAUUCAUAAGGGUCCCAGAAAUCUAUUGAACUAAAGUAAAGCAUUGUUGUAAAAUGUUCCUUGGUAUGUGAUUAAAACCCAUUUCUCCCAUAUUCUUCUGAAGGAAAACUUAUCCUAGCCCCCAACCCCUUUUAACUUGUUUUAUGAGGGUGACUUUUAUAAAGCGGCAUUGUGACUUUACAAGGACUGGUGGGUGCUCUUGCUCCCAAUGGGAAUAUCUGCAGUUGACUCUCAUGCAAGACGAACAAGUCUCUGAUUUAGGGACACUGUGCAGUGAUGUUGCAGGGAAUGUUGAAAUGUCUCCAUGGAAGAUUUAUAAAAGCGGAACAAAGAAAACCUUGUUUCUGUGAAACUUUGUACGUGUAUAUCGGAAGUUAUUUUGUAAAUAAA